CUUAUUUUGCAGGGUGCACACCCUCUUCAUACAGGAGCACGAUGGAUUCCCAGAGAGUGAUGGAUUAUAUGAUGGAGGUAGAGCUCGCUGCUGAAGAUGUGCUCUCUGACAAACAACAGAUCGUAGACCUGGACUCGAGAAGAAACAGAAACCGAGAAGCGAUGAAUGUUCUGAGGAACAGCGAUUCUGAUCACGACAAAGUCAAGGUUUGCUUUGGGAACAUGUUCAUUAAAUUCCCCAAGGAGAACACCAGGUCCAUGAUUCAGAAAGAUCAAGAGCAGCUCGAGCAGGAGAUAAACAACCUUCGGAAAGGUCUCAAAGCAAAAGUAAACAGACUCAAUGAUCUACAAGGGAAGCCUGAACUCAGAGGAUACAACCUGUCACCGCUGACCGGCGAUGAACUCAAGGCUAUUAACAGCAUUCUGAAGAGAUAACAUCAGUGAAGAAGACGAGGGAGUUAGAAUCAUAUGAACAUCGACGAUGAUGAUGAUGAAGCACUGAAGAGACUUGCAGAGCAUCGCUUAUCCCGCCGUUUCACACACCGUAUCCGUACAUUCUGUUUUGUCCUGUUCGCAAACUGCCGAGUGCAGAAGUUUGCACGCCCUCGCCGGGAAACGGUGAUCUCGACGAGGCGCCGACGCUUACAGCCGUUCCUUCAUUGUUUAUAUAAAGAGGUCAAGAAAGGGGAAAACCUCAAGUGACCGAGAUAAUCAUGUGUUCUGCUGUUUGUUCUGGAUGUUCUUGCAAUUCCCGUCUGUCUGCCCAUUAUUUUUCUUCCACUCUUUUUGGCCGUGUCUUGGUAUGUACAUGUUUCUGAGGGAUGGUUUGUAACGUGUUGUUAUCCUCCAUCUUCAGCUCAGUGAAAGGUCAAACUGCCUGAGGUUUAAGACUUGUAUGGAGGGAUGUGCUGAAUAACUGAUACAUAACUACACCACAUAACCGAAGAUUAAUAAUAAACAUGUGUACACGUUGAUAUGGAUGAGAAGUUGUUUAUAUAACAGAGUCUGCAGUGUCAGCGCUUUCUUUAUGGGAGAGUCUUAAUUCCACAUGAUUAUUUUCCUCGGAAAGUCAUUUUCUCAGAGUGGCGGGCAAAGUUACGAUGGCCACAACAAUGUCUCGUGGAUUUUUCUUAAUAUGUGUAAACAAAAAUAAGUAAAAACAAGCUGUAUUCAUAAGAAAAAUUAAAUCCUACAGGAUGUC